AUGAAAAUCGUGGCCAUUCACAAGGGUGAAAUUGCUCCGGUUACUAACGCCAAUGGGGGCUACCACGAGAAUCCAUCCGGUGGUUACAAUACGGACGAUAUUAGCGGCCAUAUCAGCGGGUGUGAAAAACCUGAGGCGGUUUCCUCCCCAUUGGGGAGGAACUUCUUCCAUACCCGUUAUGCAAAUGGCCCACUUAGUAACGGAACCCACAGGGGAAGGAUGGACAAUUCGUGUGUUUUUAGUAACACCGGAGAAGAUACCCCCGUGGGUAGUGAUGAAUAUGUCCAUCGCUCACGGAACACCAAGGAAUGGGUGCACACUGGUGAGAGCGACGUCGAAAAGGAGACAAGUCCAACACGAGGGAACAAUCCCCGUUGGGGAGAAGGAAGAAAGGGGGCACCUUCAACAAAGCACCCACGUAGCGAAGACGUAGAGAACGCCGAGGAAGCACCUGAUUGUCAUUCUCACUGCUCUGUGAACAAAAAUAUCCUCACAAAGGGUGGUAACUCCCGAUUGGUGAAACCCCUAAAUGGAGAUCCUCCCAACAGAGGUGUUAAGUAUUCACCGAAUGGAGAGAGUGGGGCGGAUCAGAACAUUUAUCGUCCUCGUUCCUGGAAGGGAGAAGAUCCCAAGUGUGAUGUUCCCUCCCCUGUGGAGGAACUUCCUCCUCGAAGAGGAAGAGGGAACGAAGAAGGAGAGACAAAGGGAAAGGGAAAAAUCCCUCCCGCGUAUGAAUCAAAAUCGACUGUCGACGGAAUAGAUUGUCUUCCUCUUCCAGAUAGCACCACGAAUAGCAGCCCUGGUAACGGCACCAGCGGAAAUUCACGAACCAGGGCGAUUUCCCACCCUUGCGAAAACGCUGAGGAGGGAGAAAACCGUCUGGAGAAAAAGAAAAAUGUGCAUAACUACUCCUCGACGUCAACUGAGACGAAGAGAAGAAUCAUACAGCAGCGAAAUGAAAAUGGGAAGAGGCUCAUGCGAGGGGGGUCCCGUUCCGUUGGCGAGUGGAAAAACCCGUUAGAGGGGAACCACCGGGGGCAUCUCAUCCAGGGCGAUGCGAUAACCGCUGCAAAUGUCCCACAUGGUAGGGGUAGAAGUAACGUGAAGAGGGAGCAACUCCACGCAGAGAGCCAAAAGGGUGCAGUGGUAAUGGGAUCAGCUAGAUGCCAACCCGGGGGCGCACCCGUCUGGAAGGAGAAUGAACACGUGGAAAAGGGCAGGAGGAGCAAAAGGGGCAGAUUGGUAAGAAGAACAAACUGCAUAUCCAUGGGGGGACAAAAGAACGGAUCGUUGGAACACGCCCACGCGAGAGACAAGAACGAGGAAGAAGCACCUCCCAUGAGAAGCCUGCUAGUGUUUGACGAAAUCAGCAAUACAUGGAACAUCCUCUGGAAGUACGGAGGCGUAUCUAUUAUAAAAAGCUACAGCAUAGAUGUCGGGGGUUCUGCAUCUAGGCAUGUCGCUUUGAACGAUCUGCAGAGUAUUAACAACCUGUAUGGAGAAGUGACCACUGGGGUGGGCUAUCUCACCCGUGAGAAGUGGGAUCUCAUGAAACGGAAGAUUUACAAAAAAUUUGGAGAAAAAUACUUUUUUAUAAGCAAGGACAAUGAUGGAGUGGAUGGGAGAAUGAGCGGGAUGAGAGCGGAGGAUCCUCAACGCGAUAAAUCAGACAUCGCUGUUGAAUCCAUCGGGGAAGUUGUCUCCAAAAUGGGAAAGAAGCUAAGGGAGGCACACAAUAAUCGGAACCGUGUUAAGUAUGAAGAGAUUUGCAGUAUGGCACAUGAUAGGGGAGGUGGAAAUGUGAAAAGUAUGAAUAUCGAACGGGGAAGUGUUAUUCCAUUUGGCCAAUCAAGUGAGGGUCCAUUUCUUAAGUCGGAAGAGGAGAGGAAGUUUAGAAAGGGUGAACAUAUGGCGAAGAGGGAUGGAAACGAUGGGGGGCGUUCCGGGCAUGGGAAAGAAGGCACCGCUGACACAGGCGACACGAAAGACACCCCAACGAAGCACUCGAAAGGAAAAGAAGGACUGACAUCGAGGAAACCCCCAGCGAAAGUGCCAAAGACAAAUGAGGAGGAACGGAAAGAACAGUUGCGAAGAAAAAGACAUGAAAAUAAAUUGAAGGAAGAACUGGAGCGGAGGGAAAGGAAACGACGCAGAGAGGAAGAAAAGGAGAAGAAAAUCCGAAUGAAGGAGGACAAGAAGAGAAUGCGAGAGGAGAAAAAAAAAAAGAAAGAGGAGGAAAGGAUAAGAAGGAAGGAGGAGAGAGUUCACUUAAGAAAAGUGAAGAAGUUGGAAAAAUGGGAAAACAUGGAAAGGCUGAGGAGGUGGAAAAGGAUGAAGAAGUUGGAGAAGAUGGGAGAACUGGGAAGAGUGGGAAGGCGGGAAAGGCAAGAGAAGCAGGAAAAGUUAAGCAUGGCUCAUCGGAUUGAUCGGGUUGACCGGAUCGACAGCGCGAAGAAGCUGAAGAGCGCGAAUCCCAUCAUUGGGGAAGGGAGAAGCACCAAAGGGAACUCUCUUACGAGGAAGCUCAAUUCCACCCCUGGAAAAGAUGAAGACAAUUGCCCUAACCGUUGCAGCCAGUUGGGGGAGGCCCAUUACACCCCCGACUCGGCCGCCACUGUGGUGAGAACGUCACUACAGGACGAGCUUAAGAAAAGACUAUUUCUGGAGAAGAAGCAGAAAGUGUUGAAGGUAAUGCGGAAGAAUGUCCCUGUUCAGGAGAGAGUGUACCUGGACGUGGGCUACGGUGAUGAGGCAAGUGGGGAGGGGGGCCAUGAAUGCCACGAAUUUGGGGAAGACACAUCCCGGUGUAAGGCAGGAAGCUGGGUAGUCUCGUGGGUCCUCUACGGAAGGACGUGCAGGAAGAGGUUCCCAAUCGAAGAGUACGGUUUUGAGAAAGCCAGGCAGAUGGCGGAGGAGUACAAAAGGGAGCGGCUGAAUUCUAUCUUGAAUAGCGUCUCUGAAUAUGACACCUACGUUAGGGAAGCGCUGAGCUGUGGUCCGGAGGAGGGCGGCGCGUCAUGCGCGUGGAGCGCCGGGACCUCGGGCGAGUCGGUGGAGUGCGAAGCGGGAAGAGGUGAACCAGGUGCUCCUCUCCACGCCGUCGAUCGUAUCGAACGGAUGAGGGCCCCCCGCGUGCAGGACGCAUGCACCUUGGUGGCAUCUGAAGAACAGCGACACCACCGACAGCUGAUUCAGUUCUGCUGCGAGCUUCUGAAAAAACCAGUGAGCGAAGAGCAAUGGAAAAACAAAGUCAAGUGGGUCCAACAUAAAAAAAGCUGGAACAUUGAAAUCGUAAAAAAGGAACAGAACAGAUUUAUUAGAGAAAAAAUCUAUUAUUCAGAAGAAAAGUAUGGCUACAUAAUCGGUAAAUGUAUAGCCGUGUAUGAUUACCUCAACGCAGAACACAACCUUCUUAAGAGUUACUUCGAUGUUAAUGUGGCCAAUCUACAGUAUGACAAUAAAAGACACGCGUGGAAAAUAUCACGGUAUGUUCCUAAUCAGCUGAACAAGAAAAACUACUAUUUUGAUGUGAGUGUGUAUGGGUGGAUGUGCUCCAGAAAGUUGGGUCUCCUGUUGGCGAUUUAUCUGAAUAGGAGGAGACCUCUUAGAGGUGAUGAGGAGAUGCUACGUAGGGGUUCCUCCCUGGUGAGGCAUCUUCAGGAAGAUUCCAUCGACAGGAGAAGAUGCCAUCCUCGAGACAGUAGUAAUGCGGGGGAAGAUCACUCUGAGAAUGUGGCACCUAAAUUCCUUGAUGAUGUGAAAGGGGCCGAUUUGCGCUCAUCCGAUGGGCAGCUUAACCGUUUCGAAGAGAAGCGCGUAGGAUAUUUUCAUUCGAAUGGAGUGACGGAUACAUCGAAGCAGUCCGUGGGGGGCUCCUAUGCUGAUACAGGCCGCACUGCUACCGGGGAGGAGGAAAAAAGGGGCAACUCGAAUGCGCUGUGGGGGUUCCCCGACCGAGUUUCGGGAGAUGCCCAUCCUGUGAAGACGAAUCGAGAUGGGCAUGAUAGGCGCGAUGGGCGAGACGAAUCGGCCAAGCGAGGGCGGAAGCGAAGGAAGAAGACGAACGGCGAAGAGGAGCGAACCCCGAAUUGCGAAACCGAUGAUGAAGAUGCGACAAAAAAGAGGAGACAUUCCCAAAAUGAAGAAAAAAAAAUAAAAAAUAAAACAACCGCGGAAAACGGAAUGGACUUAAAAAAGUUGUACGAGACGAUCCACAACAGAAAGUAUUGCCAGCUGAAGGAAAUGCACACAUGUAAUGAGAAGGAGUUAUUGAAUUUCCUUUCCAAUGAAAAAGACAGAGCUCUAUUUUUGAUGGAAGACAUACACAUCCAAAGGGAAGACGAAUAUUAUUUGGUCAACAUUUUGGAAAAUUAUUACUACUACCAUUUGUGCCGGAAACUGCUCAAAGUGAGGAAGAGACUUUCCAUGUGA